GUACAAGUCAUGUGACCCAUCCAAAAUGGUUGCAGUGUUGUGAAAUAACGUGAAAGGAAGUUGGCAUACAGAACACGUGUUGCAACGCUAGCGGGCCUCUAUAUACACUGUACAUUCUGAAAAUGGAAGCACAAGAAGACGAUAUAUUCGAUGAAAAUGCCACCGAGAUCAUGAUUGGUUCUAGAGACUGGCAGAAGAUGGAGUCCAGUUUGACGAAUCUUGGUUACCGAGAUGGAAUGGCAGAAGGUCAGGAGGUCAAUGUCCAGGAGGGCUUUAACCAGGGGUACAAAGCCGCAGCAUCCCUCAUCUUCAACAUAGCUGUACUGCGAGGAGAAAUCAGUGCUAACCUAUCUAUGAAACAUAUACAUAAGAUAGAUAUGGACAAAUCUACGGAAGCUAAUCUGGAGCAGCUUCUACAGGAUGUCCGUGAGUUAGAACAGAGUUGUAUGAAAGCAUCUACAGGUAUGGAGGUUCAGGUGACAAAUAGCACCAAGGAGUGUGGAGUCCAAAGUGAGGUCAGCAAAGAUUCAAACGAAACGAGUUGUCAGGACUGUAAAUGUAAAGGCGGCCAGGGUAGUGGUCAAGAUCUUGAUGUCCAAAGUAAUUUAGAACAAUCCCAAAAGACAGUGGACAUACAUGGACAGUUGUCCAGUAUAUCAACUGAUACCAGAAGUAAGUUAGACACGUUACAGAGACGUCUGGAGGUCAUCAUGGAAUCGCAUGUUAAAUGAAUGUUGGAAUUGUUUCUGAUGUAAAUCAAAUCAGCUGUGGAGUAAAAUGAAGACUACACCAGCAUGCCUUAUAGUUGAAAAUAUUGCAGAUGAAGAUAGUACUUUUUACUGCCUGGCAGUAACAGAUCAUUCUUCACACUAACAAUGACUAAGCAGCCAUAAGAUAUGACACCUAUCAGGAUACCUUAAUUAUUGGGUGUAUUUAUUUUUUUCAUACCCAAAGUGAUCAUAUCACAAUGUGAAAGUAUCAAAUUUAGCAAAAAAAACUAAGCGAAUUUUUGAUGAUGCAGCAUAUUGCUUGUCAAGUGUUAAAGGACAUGAAAUAAGCUUAGUUUACAAUGUGUGUAAAACCCACUUAAGGCUUUAUGCUACUUUACUGAAACAUGAAUCUCAAAAAUAUUCAUAUUGUUUAAUUAUAUCUUAUCAUGAUUAAUUUUUUUAUGUUUGUAUGCGGAAUAAAAAAGUGGCUGUCAGUUGUGAAUCUCAAAUAGAAAAAAAAAAAAUGCUGGUAAAUUAUCUCCCCUGAUGGUAAUAUCUACUACAAUAUGUACAUGUCAAUUCAGAAAAAAAUAUGUUAGGAUCAGCAAAAGCUACAAUAAGACAUGAAUUAAAUGGUGCUUACUAAAUGGCAGCACUUUAUAUUGUUUUUUAUCUGAUUAUCUUUAUGGCAUCACCUUAUAUUGUUCGUUGUCGGAUUAUCUUGGUAUCUUGAUGUGAUACAUGAAGUACAAGGUAUAACUAAAUAUUCAGAGAAAAUUGAAAUAAAUUGAUGCUGUUUUCGUGUUA